AUGACUCUUCGACCUUUGGAUGCUUGGAUAACUGAGCGCAGAAUUGUACGCACUCUUAAUCUCUCUACCCUCAAAGGCAGCAAAAUAGGUAUCUAUGCCAACAACUACAUUGAUUCAAUUGUCCGAAGUAAUUCAGAGCCUCUGGUACAGGCAUUAGGUGGCGUUCCCUUUAGUCUUUUAGACCAUGUGGCAGCAGACUUAGCUGCUUUUCAAGCCAAUGGAAUUACACCGCUUUUUGUUUUUGAUGGUUUGUCGGUCAACUCUCAGCGACCAGUUACUACUGACAGCUCCAAACGCGAAACAACAUACACACCAUUUGCUUCUUCCAGUAAUAGCAUUGUCUCCGAAAUUUCUUCUACUUUACAUAAACGAAACCAAGCCUGGGAUGACUACGAAAAAGGCCAAGCCGAACAAGCUGUUCGAGAUUUUGAGCAAGUCACUGACCUCUGUUUUGACGCUAAAAAACAAUUCGGUGUUAGAACUCUUUUCAACUUUUUUAACCAGCGAGAGCCUUCUGUUGAAUUUGUUGUUGCUCCUUACACUGCAUCUGCACAACUUAUUUACUUUCAAUCCGAGGGUUAUAUUGAUGCAAUCUACGGCUCUUACGAUGUGAUGCUUUAUGCUCAAACAGAUCGCCUUAUUACCAAUAUCGAUUCCCGCGGGAAUGGGGGCCAUGGAAACUUUUCCUGGAUUUCUAAGCGUAUGUUUAUUUAUGACCUUGGAAUUUCCCAUGAACAGUUUGUCGAGGCUUGCAUCAUUUCUGGCUCUGUUGGCUUUGCACCAUACUCCAAUCUUUUAUACCCUCCCAUUAGCCAGCAACUCCUUUCUAGUGUUCCUGGUGGCCCAGCUGCUGCAUCUGCUGCCAUUGCAUCCGCUGGCUCUGCUGUUGCCGCUGGUCUUUACGCUGCCUCGGCUCCAUUUAAGCUGGCACUUGAUUAUGUUAGUACUGGCCCAAUCUCUAUCUUCCCUACUAUAGCUGCUUACUCUGAUCAACAAGAAGCUGCUCUUUCUGCAAACAAAGAAAAGUAUGUCAUUAAGUUUCAAAAAGCAUAUGCAACAAUACUUUACCAGCCUGUUUUAAAAGAAAAUGGAAAAGUCGAGCCUAUUCCUUCUGAAGAUGAAUGGCCCAGUGAUAUUCAUGAGUUUGUUGGUCAACGUCUGCCUGAUGAAAUUUACUUUUACUUGUCAAAGGGGCUUGUUGGACCUGAGAUUCUUAAUGCUUUGACUUCUGGGUACCUCUUUGAGCCUGCUCCACUAGACGGUGGGCGUCAGCUUUCAUAUCGCAAAUUUGUAACGAAUAUUCACAAUGAGGUUCAAAGCAAGUCUAUUAAUUUCUUGGCUCAAAUUCUUCACCGUUAUUUUCAACAUAGACCAAUCAAAAAUGUUGUUUGGUAUGAUUUAUCUCAAGACCAAGUUGUUCGUAAAAUACCCACGUCUUUACUUCAUCAAACCCAAGGCUGGAAAGUUACUAGGGAAAUCACUGAGGGAAAAUAUGCUUCUCAAAAAACUUUGAAGUAUAAGUCACAGUUAGCCAAGCUAAUCUGCCCCUUUUUUUUGAUUGAUGACGAUUCUGAGGAAGAACUUCAAGCUUUUAUUACUGCAACUGUCUUUAAAAAAAAAUACGUUCCUUCAAUCACACCUGUCUCUACCCCACCUUUGCCUUCCUCAACUGCUUCUCCAGCUUCGGGUACGCCUACAACAGCGCCUGCUACUACUGCAUCGCCUGCUCCUUCUACUGGUGCCCCACCAGUUACUACAUAUCCUUCUCCAGUUCCACCUGUGUAUUCGACAGUUGAAGAGCUUGUUUCCAAUAGUAUAUGGCGAGUUUUACAGGCAAUCGGCCUUUUCAACAAUGAACAUAACCUGACUCCUUGGGGUAAGGUUAUUGCCAAAACUUUGAAUCUUUUAGAAACAAAUGAACGGUUUAAAGAUCAUGCUCAGUCUCUUGCUGAGCCUCUCACAUUAGCUCUAUUGCUGAUUCGAGACGGAUUUCUGAAUGCAACUAAAACCGAACCUGAGUACACCGGCGGACCUGAUAGUCAUGCUCCUGCCGAUAUCCAAGCACACGUGUUACUUUUGAGCAGAGUUGCUUCUUUUGUUUCACUUAGACAUAAUCCUGUCGGUUUUGCUGGACCGUUGUCUCGCACAAUUUUGGCUUUUAAUUCAACAAUAACUCGCGAAUACUCUGCUUACCGCCAGCUUGUAGAAGCCGCACUUGUUGCAAUUCUUGCGACUGGUGAAGUUGAUAGAUUUAAGUUGACCAGUGCAAAGUAUCCUGCUGAAGAUGGAAACACUGAGCCUUCCACAAAAGUUUGGGGUAGCAUUAGUUCUUAUUUGCCAUUUUCUCUUGCUCCCAAUUGUGGAGCUGGUGUUGCCAUGAAACUUUACCUUGAUAGAGCCACUGGUUCUACUACCACCACUGCAGCUACUGCUUCUACAACAAAAGCUGCUGACGAGAAGCCAAAUACUAGCGACAGCUCGACUAGCACUGCAACAGUUAAUUCUACAUCUGGACCUUUUGUCAAGGUUGCCACACUUGACGAUCUUCGUGGCAUGUUUAAGCAGGCAGUCGAUGUUGAAGGAGAUCUUUCUGUUGCUUUCGUUUUGUGGAAGGUCCUUUACCAAGGUGUUUUGGACGCAGAAGCGAAUGGUUUGUUAUCAACAUCAGCUUCUAGACCUUUUCACUUGGCUAACACUUGGAUUGAACCUUUUGUGCUUUAA